CCCCAACACCGCCCCCACUCGGGCCUCUCUCGCCCGCCUGCGCGCAGCUGGAUUCCCGGAGCUUCUGGAUUGCAACAAGGAGCCGGUUGAGAUGCUGGACCCCAACGACCACGCCCCCUGCAGCCCCCAGCGGGAAGAAGGCGACCCCUUGCCCGACCACGAGAUCCACCUCCAGUUCCUGGCCUUGAGCAGGGCCCCCUGGCCUCCACCUGAAGUACCUGGUGGGCGUGGCCUCCCUGAAACCAGGUGAGCCGCGCUGGUUCCUUCGCUACCUGGCCCAGCAGGCCCUGCAGAUCGACGUCUGGGACGGGGACUCCCUCCUCCUGCUGGGCUCUGCCGCCGUGAAGCUGAAGCAUCUCCUGCGCCAAGGACGGACGGGGGUCCAGAUCUACCACGAGUUGGAGGUCCUGACUGUGGAGUACAAACCAGAUGCGACCGUGCUGAGUGGGGAGGCCUUCCGCCCUUGGGGGGUCAAGCCCAUCGGGGUCCACGCGGUUGUGAGGGGUCAGCUUCACCUCCGCCUGGCGAACAUUGGACAACGGUGUGGACAGACGCUACGGAGGUCACACUCAUUGCCUCCUUCUCAGAGGCGGGUCAUCUCCUCCCAGGAUGGGGCCAGGGGCUUCCCUGGUGGCAGUUUGGUCUCCAUCAGCACUCACAGGGCUGGAAACGUGUGCCAAGCCAAAAAACUGGCCGACGUGGACAGCGAGCUGGCUGCUCUCCUUUUCUCCCGCUUGAGGGAAGCGAGUAGUGCCUUGCAGCCCGCCAGCCAGGAAGGCGGACUCACCCGACGCCGGAAAUUGGAGAGGAUGCUUUCGGUCCGGAGGAAGGAGUCCCAGGAGGGCGACGUUGGGAGGAAAAGCAGCUUUAUCUUGCGUCAUCUUGGACGUCAGAGAGUGGAGGCAUUUUAAAGAACUGACCCAAACGGUCACGCCGUUGGAGGAGGACAUGUUUCAUCUUCACAACGGCCUCACUCCUCAGGUCUACCUCCGUCCCAAGGAGACCGUCUACAUCCCCUUCAAGUACCAGACCUUCUCCAUGGAGCAGACGGCCAUGAUGCAGCAAGGUCCCCCCCAGCCGACGUCUAAGGAAGGUGAGAAGAUCCCCACGGCCGCCACUUCUGGAAAGUUCAGCGAGACUCAACGCAUCAAGGUAACAGGACUGGAAGUGAUGGAUGGUCCACAUGUCCUCUCCAUGGGCUGGAAAGAUUUUUUUUGCCAUCUGGCUGAGGUGGGCAGUUUGUGGGUUGGACAGUGGCCAAAAUCCAUGGGACAGCAGGAAGACCAUGGACCAAAGCUUAGGGAAGGUGUGUCCUGGAUCAUCUUCAUCUCCUUCAUCUCCUCCUCCUCUCUUCUUUUUGUUCUUCUUUCUUCUCCUUCUGCUUCUCCUCCU